AUGUCGACACCGACUGCGUCCUCAAGUUCACAACCGACCCGCUCUCUUAAUCGCCAAGUCGUCCUCGAAGAGGAUGAGUACACGGAAGCUCUGUCACAUAUCAUAGCCCGUGACUUUUUCCCUUCUCUUGUCCAUCUCGAUGCGACCAAUGGCUACCUCGAUGCCCUGCGCACCAACGACCCAGCCCUCAUUCAAGCUUCCGUACGCCGUAUUGAGGAGCUCACUACGCCGAUGACCCGUCGUGAUCGGCCAUGGGAGACUCCUGCACAAACACCGUACCGCGCAGGACCCCUUGACACACCCAUACAUACUCCCCGGGGAGAACCUCCUGUGAAGCGAACCCGCUAUGAGACCGACAUGAGCCUUGACCACUUCCAGUCUAAGUAUACCUCGGAGGAUAACUCGAGUUUUACGCAGAUUCUCGACGACGAUAACAGGAAGCGGAGAGAGAAGUGGGCAUGGGCGUGGGAUGCGCAGAAGAGGGUCGAAGAACAGCGGGGGAAGAUGCUAGAGGGAAGGGAGAGGCUUCUCAUUGAGGCUCCAACAGCUACAGGGGUCAAGGAGAAGUUCCGGAUUGAGCAACCUACUCCCGCAGGUCUGUUAACAGAUGGUUCUGCUAGUUCGAACGGAGCUAUGCAGGUGGAGAAACCAAGUGGGCCUGGCGACGAAGAGCACAACGAACAAGGCAAGGAGGUCGUGCUGACGCUCGUAACAUGGGGGACGCUCACUGGAACGCCUCGCGUCUUGUCCCAGUCAGACGACCCUAUGGAGUCCUCCUCCAUGGCAACCCCAAAUACACCGUUUCGCAUUGCUGAGCCGUCCCCCCGCGAGCGACUAUCGCACAGGCUUUCGACGAAUGCGUCGAAAAGCCUGCGCGCGAAAGCGGGUCUACUGGGUAUAUCGGGCAUAUCACGGACGCCUGUGGGCGGAAGUGCAACGAAGGGAUCUAUGGCACCGCCUUCGUGGACCCCAAGGAGAGCAGAGGGUGGGCUGACUCCCGCGGCAAAACGACUUCUCGACAGGUCAACCAUGGGGACAGCCGCGGCACGGAGAGCUGAGGCCAUGGGUAGGAUAGCAGGCUGGGAAGGGAACGCCAAGCCGAAGGACAAAGACCUGAAUCGCGUGAGGUGGACGCCCACUCCGAGUCCCGUAACGAGAAGAUGA